AUUUUCAUGGUUUGUCUUUUGUUCACUUAUUCAGUGUUUAUAAAGUUAGUCUUCCUCGAUAUUAAUUGUAAAGGGUCGGCACAUCAAGUUAAUCAUUACCCUCUUUUAUCAUAUCAAUGACCAAUGAAUGUGCGUUACUCAAUCGUAUCCUAUUCUAACUGAUCUCAAUUACUAAUCUUUCCAACCAAAAAUUAUUACCUGAACUCACCCUUGCUUGCUUUGCAAAUUCAUUUGAAAUCAAAGUGUUGACUAUUGAUUUGUGUUGUUAGUGUAUUGUACUGCAAAACGAUUCAGUUAAAUCUUUAACCCAUGACUCUAAGUCGCAAGAUCUCGGUGUUUUUCAGCAUUUCAAUGCUAUCAAUGUUUGGAUUCGUUUUUGGACAGGACGUUUUCGUUCCAUGGACACCCGAAGUUAUUGAACUCGUGCGAGGAAAAUCAUUAGAACAAGUACAGGACGCAAUGGCAAAACUUCUAGGUGGAACUAGACUACAAAUACCUGAACAAGAUAAAACAUUUUUCGAUAAUAUGGAAAAUUUGAUUAUUAAUGGAACAAUGAACGAUGUUCUUGCAGCUAUGAAUGUAUUGCAAGGGCAGUCACGAACUCAAUUACCUGAACCAGAUAAUGGACUAGUAGAUGUAUUACCAUUGCAAGAUGUGACAACACCAGCAGAGAGCGAGGUUGCUCCCGCUCGCAUAUUCCGAGUAGAUAUGUUCCAAUAAAAACAAGAAUUGCUAGGUCAAGCUUAAACUUGGGUAUCAGAGUAAGAUAUUUGGUUCAAAGAUUGUUUAAUCCCUGUCAAACGAUAUGACUAUGAAUAAAUAAUGAAUUCUAAAUGUCAA